GAGAGGUUUCAGGUGGCUGCUGGGGCACCGACAUGCAGCACCCCUUCUCCGAGCCCUGGCUGGCCAGUACCAACCACCCAGGCCAGCCUGGAUGCCAUCCCAGCCUGUCACUGUCUCAAGCAGCAACCAUCUCCAGUCUGACAUAAAGGAUUAUUCCCUCCCUAAUGCCAGCUGGAGCCCUGUCAUGGUGGGGCUGUAUAAUGAGUUCAUGGAGAAGACUGUGGAUGGGUCAUGGACGAGACUUCCAGGCUGUUGGCGCUCUGUGCAAUUCCUUAAAGAAAAAGACCUUGCUAGGAUUGCUAAAGCCGUCCCUGUCCAAAUGAUAGAAGACGCCCGCCUCUUUCUCAGAAUUGCAGAAAUGGAGAGACUUGGCUUUGAGUAUGUCAUCUUCCACAAUGACUCAGAGAAGAAGUGUGUCUGCUUGUUCCAGCCUGGGCCCCUCCUGGAGGGGCUGCCUGGGAUUGUCCAUGGUGGUGCACUGGGGACCAUGAUAGACACCACACUUUUCAUGACGGCAUAUAACAGCGCCAAUGCAGUCUUUACAGGGACAAUGACCAUCACCUUCAAAAGCCCGGUUAUCCUCGGCUCAGUGGUGAGGCUAGAGGCAAAGGUCACUGGCGCAGAAGGAAGAAAGGUGUUCCUCUUUUGUGAAGCCCAAAGCAGUGACAGGACCACCCUCUUUGCUGAAGCUUCUGCCAUCUUCUUCCAAAUGAAGUGACACGGAUCCAAGGCACUGCAAGGCUCAUCUCUUCCGGCCCUGCUGGGCGAAGCAACAGGAAACCAAAGCCUCCAUUGGAGCAGAUUCCUUCUCUUUCAUUCACCUUUGGCCUCUGUACCAGUACUUUAGCCCUUUCCUUCUUGGAUGUUGGAAAUGCCUCUAAGCAUCAAAGCUUGCUGUGAAUAAAGUUUUAAGAGGAAGUUGUUUAUCCAAA